CCAGCACAGAUCACACUCACUCUACACAGAGACCUCUACAGCACAGACACACAGACACACAGCCAUGGCACCUACAGUACCUGCAGCAAUGACCUACUCAAAGGAGCACCUGAUUCUCUCCAACAAGCUGAGAAAGCCAAUGGUGGAAAAGUUGCGCAGAGAUCGUAUCAACAGCAGCAUUGAGCAGCUCAGGUCUCUCCUUGAACCAGCAUUCCUGCAGCAGCAGCCAGACUCCAAGCUGGAGAAAGCAGACAUCCUGGAGAUGGCAGUUUUCUUCCUCAAACGGCAGCAGCAGCAGCCAGUGAACAGCUCCUCCUGCUCCUCACCUGUCAGUCAGGGCUACUCCAGGUGUGUCCAAGAGAUGAAGAACUUCCUGUCCAGGGAGGAAGUGAUGUCACACUCCCAAAGAAGACUCCUGACCCAUUUCCAGAACCGGCCAACUUCCUCUGAUACGACCGAGAGUCAGAGUCUGUUGCCUCAGCUGAAAUCUCCAGCCAGACAGACCUCCAGCAAAGAGGAGACUCCAGUCAAAGCUGCCCUCUGGAGGCCCUGGUAG